AUGAUUAAUCUGAUAGACUCUCCAGGACACGUGGACUUUUCCUCAGAAGUAUCAACUGCUGUUCGCAUUUGUGAUGGAUGCAUCAUUGUGGUAGAUGCUGUGGAAGGAGUCUGUCCACAGAUUAAUGCACUCACAGAAACUCUUUUUACUUCUAAAGUCCCAGAAGAAAGAGCGGAGAGAGAGACUGAAUCCCAAGUGAAUCCAAAUUCUGAACAAGGAGAGCAAGUAUAUACUGGAGCACUGGCUUGGAGGACAGAGAUGAUUCUUAGCUUUACUUCUCUCCAGAACAGGGAAAUGUGGUGUUUACCAGUGCAAUAG